UGCUUACACUAGUCUACUCCAUCCCUUGGCUUCUUCCUUAAAUAUCCCUCUCCAUUUCAAUUCUUACCAUUAACACAAUUCAACAAAGAGCUGAUCAUCUUUUCAAAAUCUCACUCAUUCUAUUGAAUUUCAAUCACAAAUUAGAAUUGCAAUCAUGAGAAUUCUUUCCCUUCCCUCCACCUUAUUUUCACUUGUUGACUGCCAAGUUCCCAAGAAUUUGACGUAUGGGAAUGUAUCAUCAGUGACAUUGAUUCCAAUGGCGAGGUCUCAAUUUCAGCCUCAAAAGAGACGUAACUUUGGCACUAGCAAUACAACUCCGGGCUUUAGUUGGAUGGCAACAGUGGGAGAGAAAGUGCAGGUCUCAACCGUUCCUACUUCAGUUCCAGUUCGUGUGGCACUUGAAUUACUCCAAGCUGGUCAUCGUUAUUUAGAUGUCAGAACUGCUGAAGAAUUUAGUGAUGGGCAUGCUCCUGGGGCCAUAAACAUUCCGUACAUGUUUAGAAUUGGCUCAGGUAUGACAAAGAACCCCAACUUCUUGGAAGAAGUGUUAGAACGUUUCGGGAAGGAUGAUGAAAUUAUAGUUGGGUGCCAGUUGGGGAAGAGAUCAUUUAUGGCUACGAGUGAUCUUCUUGCUGCUGGGUUUACUGGGGUGACUGACAUUGCUGGAGGAUAUGCUGCUUGGACAGAGAAUGGUCUUCCUACUGACUCUUGAUGUACAACAUUAAUAAGCACAAUAACACCAUCUUAAUUACUAUGAACAGUAGUCAAAACGAAGUCAAUUCCCUUAAGCACAUCAAAAUGCGGACAAGUGUGGUGGAAGUUAUAAAGAAGCAACUUGAAAAUACUUGUACAGUAAUUUUUAGGCGAUAUCCUAUAUAUGUGGUGAAUCUGAUAAGAUUACUGAAUUUUAUUUACCAUAUGUGUAAAUGUUCUCCUCAUUCUGAUGAAAUAAAUAUUAUUGCCUGAAAGUGCUCUCA